AUGCUUCUGUCAACACAGAUCUCCACUAUAAUCUUAAGGGUGGACCUUGAUUGCCACCAGUGCUACAAAAAGAUCCGCAAGAUUCUUUGCAGCCUUCAAGAUCAAGAGAGGAUUAGGAUGAUCUCCUUCGACACCAACAAUAACGCAGUCAUCAUCGACGGGCCGUUCGAUCCACACAAGCUAUCAUGCAGGAUCAGAUGCAAAGGAGGCAAGGUGAUCAAGGGCGUCCAAAUCAUGGGCGACGGCAAGCCGGAAGAGAUGGCCGGGCCACCGCCGAGCAACAGUCGCAAAAAGAAAUCAAAAUCAAAGGGGAAGGGGAAGGAGUCACCGCCGCCGCCCGCUGAGCAGCCACAAGCAUAUCAUCCUCAGCCGCCCACCGAGCAGCAGCCACAGGCAUACUACCCUCAGCCGCCCACUGAGCAGCCACCGGCAUACCACCAGCAGCCGCCCACUGAGCAGCCACAGGAAUACCACCCUCAGCAGCACACCGAGCAGCAACCGGCAUACCACCCUCAGCCGCCCGCUGAGCAGCCACAGGAAUACCACCACCCUCAGCAGCCCCCUCCGGACAGAGAGAUGUCAGCGACCAUGCAGGCGGUCAGGGAGGAGGAGAGGCCGAAAGAGAGACCGGCCGAGCUUGAGACGCCAAAGGAGAUGCAGGUCCACUUCGUGCCAGAAGCAGGGCCAGAGUGCCACAAGAACCCGAGGGAGAGGAGGCACCCGAUGGGAGAGAUGCCGUCGUGGAACGGGCCGCCGAUGGUGGAGAUCCCCUCGCUGCCGGCGCGACCUGUGGGCUCGUGCCGCUGCACGUGCUGCGCGUCAUGCUACCAGGGGUACUACGGAAGUUGCAGGUGCUCAGACUGCGGCAGGACGUACGGCUACACCGCCGCCGUGGCGCUGCCGCCGCCAGCCGGCUGCUACGGUGGCGCACGCGCGCCGUACUGCGGCGGAUACAGCGGCUACCGGGUUAUCUGCGAGGAGGAUCAAGCGGGUGCUUGCAUCAUAAUGUGA